AUGGCAACAACAACAUCAACCGGAAUGUUGAGCACAUUCGGCGGGUUCAUAACGUGCCGCAAUAGCCAAAUUCAAACCAGAGUCGCCUGUGCGAGUCCAGUGUCCUGCUGCAGUCGACUGCAGGAGCGUAAAGGCUUCACAACAACAGCAACAGCAACAACAACAAAGGCAGUCACCCGCCCACGCCUAGGCGCCCAACAGUCUUGCAGUCUCAUGUGUCCUAGCAACUAUUGGCUGCUUGCAACAAUGCUGAUAAUACUCACAACCUGCUAUCUACCGAACACAGCGGCGUCGCCACGUCGCGCACUUGGUCGCCACUUGAUAUUGCCGCAUCGGCAUCACGUGCACCUGCGGUCGGCGGGAAUGGAGCAUGGCAAGGAGAAGGUGGGGUUCAGUUGUAAGCAUAACAUGGAUGUGACCGUCGAGACAUUGAAGCAUGCUGAACAAGUCAGCAAUACAACUUGUAGAUCCAUUGAAGAGCUGCUGAUGGAUUGGCUGGAUAAGGAGAUGAAAAUGACGCUGCAGACAGCUGAGGAGAGGUACAGUUGGCAUAGUUUGCCGAUAGACUAUGCGCUCAUGAAUGAAUCCUCCUCUCACUCAUACAAUGGCAGCGACACAAUGAAGCCUGAAGACGAGCUAAAAAAUAUUCUCAGUUCGUUGACGAAAAUCAAUCUGCUGUUGACUCGCAUAAUCAAAGAACUGCCCUUGAAAUCGAAUAGGGAUAUAUUCAAUAUAUUCAAGGAGAAGCUGGAGCACAAUAUAACCGUGGCCGAAAGCAUGCUGGGCUGCAAAUGGAUCGAUGUGCUCCCGGAACCGCUCACAGGUGGCUUUCCACUGGCAGAGUACUGCAUUGUCAGGGAUGCCAUCCGGCUGCUUAAGGUAAUCAGUGUCAAGUAUAGGGUAAUGCACGAUCGAAAGUCGAGGGCAAACUCCUAAAACACUGCGAAUCAGCGAUCUGCCCAAUGCACCCUUGUCCCCCUGGCGCAUUGACCUGUGCCCCAAAACCGUGUACAAGAAAAUGCCAAAAGAAGGAAGGAAGACAAAUACUAAAAACAAAAAGACGAAUCUAAACUAAGCAGCUAGUU